GAGAGAGAGAGAGAGAGAGAGAGAGAGAGAGAGAGAAUAGCAUAGAGUAAUUAUAACUCCGCUAGUGAUGUUUGCCAACUGUUGACUUGGGUGCUUGUUCAUGUCUAUGAGCAUGUAUGUAUGUAUGUAUGUAUAUGAGUGCUUUAAUGUAUGUACAUAUGUAUGAAUAUAUGUAUGUAUGCGCAUCUGCACUAUGUGCUUUGUAUACUGUACGACACUUUCGCUGUUGUGCCCAGCUGUGGCCUUGAGGAACAGAGGAAGUCAGUGACGUUCACUCUGUGUGGCAAGUCGAGCCAGUGAGAGCGAGGAUUGCAUUAGAAGUGUUUUUGUUCUUCGUCGUCUCGUCGUCUUGAAAUAAGAAGAGGAGGAAAGAAAGAAUAAGUUGCUUGUCAAUGAAGCCUUUUGCAAGAGAAAAUAUGGAUGCACAAGCAUAGACUCUGUUUCUUAGCCUCCCCCAGUUUUGAUUAUAAGAAAAAAUGGCUUCCUUAGGAUCAGUUUUUUCUUCAAAUGAUUUGAGAAACUUGAGACUGAACCUGUUUGUGAGGAAGUAUGGAAAAAAUGUGGUUCACUUCAUAUUAACCUUCCAUUUUCUCCACGGACAAAACAAGAGCAUCCGAGAGAUUCUCAUCGAUAACCAAGUUCCAUUACAAGGGCGAUGUCCUUUCAAUCCCCAGGAAAUCAAAAAUAUCACUGAAAAGUCUCCAGAAGAUCUGGACAUCACAGUGAUGAACAAAAUCUGCCAGGUUCUUUGGCAAAAGGGGGUGAAUGACCCUGGUGACACACUCAAAGGAUUAUUGAAAAAGAUCAAAGAUAAGAGAAACUUUGUUAGCCAUGAGGAGCCGCGUAUGUCAGACACUGACUUGGAAAUUAAACUCAGAGACUUUCAAUCAACUCUCGAGGAAACUCUUGAGAAAACCAAGUCUCUCUUUCCAAAACACAGUGCUGCCAUUGAUGAUCUUAAAACAGAGAUCCAAGAAGCUGUUCCAAAGCUCCUAGAAAAGAUCCGUGAGAAAUAUGAUCCCUCAAGCCCUCAGGAUGUACAAAAGCUUAAAGAAGAAAUAGAAGAAUUUGGAACUGAGCUUUCUGACAUGAUACUAAAAUCCACUGAAGCAGAACUCCUGUCUCUUCAUGAACGCCUCUUUCAGAUUUUGCCCUACGACUGGCUCGCUCAGUAUGGCACUACAGAUCCAGAUAACAUCAUGGUCUCUUUACAGGUGGCAGAUGAUCCUGACUUAAAUAGAGGUCCCCAAGGCAAUAAAAGUAUCAUUGUAAAUCAAACAGAAAUCCUCAACAAAGACAAAAUUGGAAAAGACCCUGAAGUUGUGAUUAUAUCUGGUGAUGCAGGUUCUGGAAAGACCACAAUUCUUUGUUCCUUUGCAGAGGGAUGGUGUAAGAAGGCAAAUGACAUACCAGAACUUUCUUCCUUUCCAUUUAUAAUCUCGAUGAUGUUCAGAAGUGAUGAACAUGACAAUUUUCAUGACUACUUCAAAAGUUUAGUCCCAAAAACUGCUGCUCUAUUUCCUUUUGAUCAAGUCAAAUCGGUAGUCCUGGGUUCAAAGUGUUUGGUCUUAUGUGAUGGCUAUGAUGAGGCCAAUGAGAAAUCUAAAAAGCUCUUUAAUGAAUUUUUAGAACUGAAUUCAAAGAACAUGAAGUUUGUGGUCACAACACGUCCAUCGAAUAUCGAGGGACUAACAAAUAUUGUGAACAAAGUAAGACGUUCCAGAAUCAACCUCAAAAUUUCAGGUCUUCAGAAAGAGGAUAUGAAAUUGCUCACAGAAAAGCUCAUUGGCUACCUGGUGAAAGAUAAUGACAUCCAACAGGAACAAAUGAAAAAAGAGCUACUUCAGAAAAUAGAAGAAAUGAACACUGGCACAAGAGCCAUCCUACAGACCCCACUGUAUUUUAACCUGUACAUUCUCCUUUACAUUGAGUGCCCAUAUUUAAGGGAUGAAUUGAACACCAGGACAUCACUCUACUUAGAGCUGAGAAAGCACAAGAUCAAGAGAAUCUCCAACAAGACAGGAAUGUCUGUUGAAUCACUGGAGGAAUUUGAUGCCAUAUAUAGAAAAUGGUCUCUGAAACAUUACAUUGAGAGAAAAUAUGAAUGGUCUCAGGCAGAUAUAGAAAGCUUUAAAAGGGAGAUUAUUUGUCCAGAGGUACUUCAAAACUUUGAUUUCAUCAUGUCGUCCUAUUUCUCCUUAAAGAAAACACAGAAGAAUCUGGAAAUUGUAAAGGUUUACUGCCACAGACACAGAAGUGAGCAGGAGUUUGCAGUUGCAGGCAAUAUCUGCGAUGACGUCAUUACAUCAAGUAGAAGGCUUCAAAGGGGAAACAUUAUACAAGAUUUGCUGCGAUUUAUAAGAUUAUGUGAUAGAAGGUUACUAAGAGGAAACAUUAUUCUAGACGUGAUGCGAUCAAAAGAAUUAUGGGAUGGAAGGGACCUAUUCCAGUUUUUUAGGAAAUUCAGAGUAGUGAUAUCCUUUAUACUAGGAAUCCUUUACAGUAAUCAAAGAGAUGUAUAUUAUAAUAUAAUCAAUGAGAUUCAUGAACUCUAUGUAUCAUACAGUCUCUCUCAAGGUGCACAGGAUGUUCUUUGUGAACCAUGUAUUGAAACUAGACUGGACUUUAAGGUUUUGGAAUCACUUGUGUCAGAAAUGAAAAAAACAUCUCUGAAGGAUCGAGUAACAUUCAGAGAACCUAAGAGUCUUUAUGUCCUACCGCCCUUACUGCCCAAACUGAGGCCCAAAAAGAUUAACCUAGAAUUUUUAAGAACUUUACUAAGUGAUGUUUCGCAAAUCAAUAAAACUCUGGAGGCUGCUGUUGUCCAUAAUAUUCGUACCGAGAUUUGGAUCAGUAAACUUUUAAGUGAUUACUCACAACAUUCAGGACAGGAGGUUUUGCAUCCAGUGGAUAAACUAGGAUUGGUCAUUUGGGAUGUUGAUGAAUACCAAGACUUAGAGAGCCUUCGUCCCAUUAACCUCAUGACUCCAGCAAAGGAACUGAAAUUGAUAUACCGCAUGUCUAAAGCUCCUGAAGAACGUUAUGCCCUGGCCAUUAACAGGACGAUUCCAACAAAUAGGGAAGAAGGCACCACUGAUUUAUGGAUUGACUUACAUAAAGAUCGAGACAUUAAGCUUCUACUCCAGCUACUAACUGUUUCGUCUUUGAGGUCAAUAUGUAUUUAUGCGAAACUUGGUACUAAGAUUGACGAUGUUGAAUAUGUUGAAGAAUUGAAGGCUCUUUGCAGGAAGAAACGACUUGGAGUAUUAUGCAGUAACCUGUGGGCUAACAUAGAAGAGAGGAAGUGAAGAAAAAUCAUUGCUGUUGUCUCUUAUGAAGAUCUUUCGGUAAAGGACAGGUGGUAUCUUAUCCUAAGACUCUUUUAUUCCUUUAGUGUCUCUAUUCUUUCCUAAAAGAGAGAGACAGAGACAGAGAGUACUGUUGAUAUGAAGACCUGUUUUAGUCAUAACAAUGGAAAUCCCACAGAGGAUCAACAGCAACAAGUCUAUCUCUCACUGCACCUCACUCUUUCUCUAAGGGUGGCUUCAGAGGAAGAAAGAGGGAGUAUUCGCUGUGCCAUGCACACUUCUAUCGCUGAAUCAGGGAAGAGGAGGAGGGAGGAGAAGAAGACUUCCAUAUUACAAUGUCACUCAAUGUACCUUUAUAUACCCUUCCAUCUUAAUACUUCCCUGUCCCCCCCUCCCCCUCCCCUCCCUAGAACUGUUUAGUCUCCCAUGACCAAGCCACCUGAAAGAAGCCCUCCUUUGCUGUAUUGAUAUCACUGAAAGAAAAGAAAAUGCUUCUUGGUCUGUAUCUGAUGUGAUAAAGUGUUGAUUUCAAGUGACUGGAUAUAUAAUGAAGAGAUAAACUUUACUCAAAUAUUUUAUUGUAUUGAUGUUAAAGCCAUAUUCAACAAGGAUCUCUCCAAACAUAGAUAGAGAACUAUUCUUCGAUAAUUCAAGAUAUAUCUUCUUUAAGAUUUAUAGACCAAGAUGAGGAAAUGACUAAGAAUGCUAAAGAGUGUUGUUCAGCUUUCUAGAUGUUGUUGUUAUCAUUUGUUUGACUGAUUUUGUUCUCUAGAAUAUAAUAUUUCUGUCAGCUUCCUUGAUGUUGUUUUCCAAGUGAAGAAAGUAGUGGUAAUUCAUUUAUCUUUACAUCCUUUUCUUGUACCACAUUUGAGAACCUGUUGCAUUUUUUAUAAUUAUAAUUUUGUUGUCAUUAGCCAUGAAAAUACACUGAACGCUUACA